GGAGGAGGAGGAGGAGGAGGCGGCCCGAGGAGCUGUUCGCCGCGGAGGCAGAAGAGCUUUGGCGGCCGAGGGUGUCGCGUCGCUCGACCGCAGAGAAGCCGGCCCUUUGGUGUGAGGCCGAUCAGGCGACCGGCCGCGCCCAUGACGUUCAAACGGAGCCGCGGGGACCGAAUUUACAGCACCUGGUGCUGCGGCUGCUGCCAUGUCCGCACCGGGACCAUCAUCCUGGGGACCUGGUACAUGGUGGUGAAUCUGCUGGUGGGAAUCCUGCUAACCGUGGAGGUGACUCACCCCAAUACAGUGGCCACUGUCAACCUCCAGUAUGAAGUCAUUGGGAAUUACUAUUCUUCUGAAAGGAUGGCCGAAAACGCCUGCGUCCUCUUUGCCUUCUCGCUGCUUAUGUUCACAAUCAGCGCCAUGAUGGUCUAUGGAGCCGCUGCCCACCGCGUGGGCUGGCUGAUUCCCUUCCUCUGCUACCGGCUCUUCGACUUUGUCCUCAGCUGCCUGGUCGCCAUCAGCUCACUCACUUAUUUGCCCAAAAUCAAAGAUUAUCUGGAUCAGCUCCCCUCUUUCCCAUACAAGGACGACCUGCUGGCGCUGGACUCCAGCUGCCUCCUCUUCCUGGUUCUCGUCUUCUUCACCCUGUUCAUCAUCUUUAAGGCUUAUCUCAUAAAUUGUGUCUGGAAUUGCUACAAGUACAUCAGCAACAGAAACCUGCCUGAGAUUGCAGUGUACCCGGCCUUCGAAGCACCACCACAGUACGUCCUGCCCACCUAUGAAAUGGCCGUGAAGAUGCCUGAAAAGGACCCACCGCCCCCUUAUAUCCCUGCCUGAUGGACGGACCCAGACUUUUGUUAAUAAACACUACACCAGCCUGGGGGCGGGGGUUGUCUGUUUUCUAAAUGCCAAUCUAGGAACCACCCCCACAGUCCAAAGUUGUUUUCCUAUCAGCCUGUACACACCAGGUCAUUUUCUAAUUGCUUGAGCCUUUGUUACUCUGAGUGUUUGUUAGGGACAUUGUUGGAGGGGGGUGGGGGCUCAUUUGUUUGGUCGGGGUGGGAUCUUGGGUCCCAUUGCAGUAGCUCUGGCCCACCCACAUCUGGCUAAGCCUGAGCCUAGGGCUCUUGUCACUCCAGAGGGGGCGGUCUCUGGGCAUCCUCUUUGAACUGACACUCUGCCCUUCCUUCAUCUUGGGUCUGCUUGGGUACCACCUGCCCCACCCAAGACUUGUUCAAGAUCCAAGGAGGAGAAUGCCCAGAGUGCCCACAGUCAACAGGGGUGGGUCUACUGAUGGCUGCAUGGCUCCAAUUUGUAUGUACCUCUCUUUCUCUCUGACAAGAUGCAUUAAUAAACCUUUUCAGAAAAAUCUUCA